AUGAAGACUAACUUCAUGAGUUCUCACAUCCAAUGGGGAGGGGCGCUCUGCACCAUCACCACCCAGCACCGUGGCAAAUACACCCAAAGACACGAAAAUUCCCUUCGACUCCCUUCCAUUAGGCCCGACAGGCCUAAGAGGGAACGCCUAGGCGAACGUGUCAUCGAAGCCUCAAAGGAAAUCAAAACCGGUGUGCGGAUUUCGCUCGAUUGGCCACUCAGCAUGCCUUCAUAUCCGAGCUUCAAUCACGAUCCGUUUAAGCAGCAGAUUGUUCUUCGGCAUCCGAAUUGUGUUUAUGAUGACAAGUCAUGGCAGUUCUAUAACGGCCAUACAAGGAAGGAGAUCGAGGGUUCAGAUGUUAUUGGCAUUCACUCCGUGUGCGAACACGGUGGAAUAACAGGCCGCGGUGUCCUCCUUGACUACGCAGACUGGGCCGCCACAAAUUCCAUAUCCGUAUCCACCCUCAAAUCCGAGACCAUAAGCCUCAAGCAUCUACAACAAGCUGUCAAAGAUCACAAGCUUGCCUUCCAAAAAGGCGAUGAAUGUAAAGAAAGGUCUGUCAUGAGUAUAUAA